AUGGCAGACAGCUCCAAGUAUCAUGAUUUCAAAGCACAUGCGACCACUGCAGUCGCCGCUGGCGGCGCAGUGUAUGCAGCGGAUCAACUUGUCAAAUCCUUCGAACCUGAUGAUCACUCCACCAACACGCACAUAUUCAAAGCUUCUGUUGGAGCUGCCGUGGCUGUUGGUGCACUGGAACUGCUCCGUCGAGAUGGAGAAGGUCUGCAUACCUACCGCAAACUUUUCCAACGAAAACACCGACAUCAUGACUCAGAUGUGCACCAAUCAAGCUCAGAAAGUGUCCAGAUAUCCAACGCCGAGGAUGUCCGCGAAAGUCGCUUGAUUAAACAGGAGCAGGACUCUUCAUCAUCUCGUUCCUCUAGCGCCUCUUCAUCCGAGUCUGGCCACAAACGUCGCUUGGCUGAGGAGCUGAUGGGUGCUUACAGUCUUGGAAAACAGCUAUUGGGUGACAAUAAACACAAAGUGGCACAUCUUGUCGCUGAUGCUGUUGGGGCUGCCGCCUUGUUGAAAGAAAUCAACCACCAUGAUCUGAGGAAUAGAAAGUGA